AUGCGCAUACAACAGCGCACCACCUUUCUGCUACCAAUUUACCUAUCCCUUAUCCUACCCAGCACCUUCACCGCCGCCAACCAAAUCGAAUAUGUACGAGCAACAAUCAACGGCAUCCGUACACUCGUCCGAGACGACCGCCAACCAUUCCUCUACACGACCGACUACGCAGACUGCCUCGGCAACAGCGCCAUCAAUAUCACUCGCUUUGAUGCAGCGUACUACAAAGACAACAUGACAAUCAUGUUUCAUCUACGAGGAGAGGCGACGUUACAAGACCACGUCAUGCUCAACAUCGGCGUCUUUGCAUACGGCGAGAGCAGAUUCGAUUUCACAUUUAACCCCUGUGACGCGAACAUCUGGAGCGCGUGUCCCGUCCGGCCUGGGACGCCCAUCAAAGCCGCGGGUAUCAUACACAUUAGCGCAGAUGACGUAGCAGAAAUCCCCGAGCUGGCACUCAGCAUUCCGGACUUCGAGGGGCAGGCUGUGAUACGCUUGUUUGCAAAUGCGACGAAGAGCGAAGUUGGGUGGCUUGCUGCGGGGAUUACGAAUGGGUGGACGUUUCGACAUCAGUACUGCGUCGGGGCUGUUCUGGGGGGUUUCACGCUGGCAGCGAUCACUUCGUCGUUUGCUACAGCUGCGUGCGGCGCUGAUGUGCUCAGUAUGCGGAUGCAUUAUGCACAUUCAAUGUCGGUCUCCGUUGUGCUUUCCGUGUGGCAUCAUAUUUUCUUUAGCGGAGCGCUUGAGAUGGAUUGGCCGAGUGUUCUAGUGGCUUUUUGGAGUAAUUAUGCUUGGGCUGGGGGAAUGAUAUGCUACGAGCCGAUGCAGAGUAUUAUUAAUGGGUUUAUCGGCUUGAAAGAGGGGGACGAGGUAUGGACUCGUGCUGCUGGCACGGGUCAAAGCGAUCCGUAUAUUGGGAGGGGAGUUAAUAUUCAUGGGAUAUAUGGACCGGAUGCUCUGCCCACAGAGCUCGGUUUCCAGAACACUGUCAAGAAGCGUUACCUGACCAAUGUCAGCAGUGGAUUCAAGUACGACGGAAAGCAAGUCAAGCCUGGAUUACCACUUCCGGGCGACUACUCCGGGUUUGCAGGUACACUUGCGAUGCAGCGAAUCCCAGCACGCAACGCCUUCAUGACCGGGCUCCUCUGGCUUCUGUUCCUAACCGUAUGCGCCAUUAUCUCAAUUCUCACUCUGAAAGCAACCAUCGAGAUAUUGACCAGUCUCCACAUUGUACGUCAGAAUCGCCUCAAGUACUUCCGAAGCCAUUACCUCGCAUACAUUGCUGCAACGCUACUACGCAUCCUUUUUAUCAGCUUCUUCGCAAUAAUUUUCCUCUCCAUAUCUCAGCUUUCCUUGCCAGCAUCACCAGAAACCAUCGGUAUCACCUGCAUAGUCUUUGUGACUGUAGUGCUUGGACUCGGUAGCGUUGCUGCGUGUGCUUGCUUUUCCAGGUUGCGUCUCAGAGGAUAUGUGUUUGAGCCAGAUCGGAUUAACGUAUCAAAGCAUCGACUACUUAAGGUGAUACCGUGGUACAGUAUCUCAAGGAGUAGCGGAGACCCGCCUUUGAGAGACACAGUGUGUGUUGGCUCUGUUCUAUGGUGGAGAAUACAUGCCAUGGCGGACUUGCCGUCGAUUCAUUCCGACGAAGAAUAUACAGCGAAGUUCGGAUGGCUUGUAUCUCGUUACAGAAAAAGCCGUUGGUGGUUCUUUGUGGUCUGGUUGCUCUAUGAAUUCUUCCGAGCCGCUUUCCUUGCUGGGGCCUCCAGUCAGCCUACUGUGCAGGUUUUUGGUCUACUGGCAAUCGAGAUAGUUGCGUUCGUUACUUUUAUUCUCCUCCAGCCAUUUGAAGGACAACGUCCAAAUGUAAUAGCGAUAUAUCUCCUCGGCUUCAGCAAGGUUACUACUACAGCAUUUUCUGCAGCCUUUAAUCCGCGUUUCGGUAUCGCCCGCAUUACUGCGACAGUGAUUGGGAUCGUCAUCAUUGUUAUUCAAGGCCUUUUGACUAUUGCCGUCAUGAUACUUAUUCUGAUUGGCGCGGUUUUGAGUUACAUGUCGAUAUCACGAGACCAUGCAGAAAUGAAGCCAAAGAGUUGGACUGCAACCCGCGAGAAAUACUUUGAGAACAUGGCUCUUGCAGAGCAAGAUUCUCCGCGAUGGAGAAAGCGCCCAGGCACAGAGUAUAUCAUAACGGGUGUCGCGAGAACCCCAUACUUUGAAGUCAAGCAAGUACCGCGAGUGGCCAAGAUCGAAGAUGAAGACAUCGAAUUCAUGGAGGAAGUCUCCCAAGUCCCUUACCCAUCCCAGCCAGUACUAUCUCCAAAUCGCACUUUAGUCUCAGAUUCGCCGAGAUCUCAGCUAGAGCGUAGCAGAGCAGGCAGCUUCCAAUCACAAGCCUCAUACUCGAGCUUACUACCGCGAGCAGCCCGCUUGCACCGUGCAAACUGGAGCACGCACGACCUCAAUGACGCAACAGGAAGUAGACGCCACAGGGCCGUGAGCGAUACUAGUCUCAUUUCCAGACCAAGGCAUGUAGAGAAGUUCGAGGGAAAACCAAGUCCUGGUGGGGCUUCCAUGAAGCGAUCGGAUACUCCCGCGCUCUUGUCAUAUGGGUAUGCAGACGGGGGUCGAAUGGAGCAUGUGGAGAAUGUGGCGCUGGGUAGAUUGAAGGCGAUCUCCUGA